UAAAGAUAUCAUAAAAAAACAAAAACCACAGGGAGGAGUCCUGGGACUACUCGGAUAGCAACAAGGACAUUUGAAUAGAGAGUUGACUUUUCUCUGGCCACGAGCAUUGACUCAUUUGCCCUCCCACAGCUGCCAGAGGGAAGAUCCACCCUUUGUGCAGGUGAACACCCCCGGGGAGAAGGGGACGGUUGGGUCGGGUACCACACCAGCCUCUCGGAGGGCAGACUGGGGGAGUCAGAGAAGGGGAAUCAAAUCUCUCCUGGAGACACCGGCUUUAUCCUUAGCCCCUCUCUGGCCAGAACCUUUCAGGAAGAAAAGUCAGGCCGAUUUGGCCUCAAAAGUAGUCUCAGAGUGCAAGGGAAUCCAGAAGGACCCAGAGCGCUGCGUUCUCAGCCCGCCUCCCACCUCUAUUCUCCAUAUCAACCGGGCACACCUUGCAGCCUCACCUCGUGCAACCCUACAGACCCCCAGCGGCCUUACCGUCAACAGGAACCAUGGACAAAUUCCGGAUGGUCUUCCAAUACUUCCAGUCCAGCUCGGAGUCGGUGAUGAAUGGGAUCUGUGGGCUCCUGGCCCUGGCCACUGUGAAGAUGUACACCUCCUUCGAAUUCAACUGCCCCUGCCUCCCCAGGUACAAUGUGGUCUAUGGGCUGGGCGUGCUGCUCAUCCCGCCGGCGGCCCUCUUUCUCUGCGGGCUGAUCGUCAACAGGCAGUCUGUGACCGUGAUCGAGGAGUGGAAGAGACCCACGGGGAGACGGACGAAGGAUCUGGGUGUCAUCAGGUACAUGUGCUCCUCCAUCCUGCAGCGAGCCCUGGUAGCCCCCAUCGUCUGGAUCCUGCUCACCCUCCUGGACGGGAAGGGUUUCAUCUGUGCCUUCAGCAGUUCCGUGGAUCCCGAGAAGUUUGUGGACUUCGCCAACAUGACCCCAAGCGAGGUGCAGUUCCUGCUGGCCAAGGUGCCCUGCAAGGAGGACGACCUGGUGCGGAACAGCACGUCCAGGAAGGCCGUGACCAGGUACCUGAGGUGCCUGUCCCAGGCUCUGGGCUGGAGUAUCACCCUGCUGCUCAUCAUGGCGGCUUUCCUGGCCCGCUCCCUCCAGCCCUGCUUCCACCAGGCCACCUUCCUGCAGCGCCGUUACUGGAGCAACUACCUGGACCUGGAGCAGAAGCUCUUCGACGAGACCUGCUGUGAGCACGCCCGCGACUUUGCUCACAGGUGCGUCCUGCACUUUUUCGACAGCAUGCGGAAGGAGAUCAAGGCCCGGGGUCUGAGCAUCAGUCGCGACCAUCAGGGGAAGGAGGAGGGGGAGGGGGAAGGAAAGGAGGACCACCUCCACGGGAUCACCAACCAAGACCAGAUGAACAGACUCUUGGCAACCUGGUACGUCAGCAAGCCCCCGCUGGACAUCACCCAAGCCACCCAGGCCCAUCCCUCUGGGGUUGAUGGGAGUGUCAGGUGGCCUCCCUCUCCGCUGGGCAGGAGAGUCUCCAAGCAGACAGAUGUUUAAAGAGGUCAAAUCCCCGAGGCAGAGGUCCUAGGCAGAGGGAGUUUCUUCUUUAGGAGGGAUCCCAAACUGUACUAGAGAUAGAGGGGCCCCAAGCUUUACCCAAGGCUGCUAAACCCUCAGGAUUAAGCUCUCCAGAGAGUUGUUUUUUCAUUUAAUAAUUACUAUUAUGAUAUUUCUUAAGCACUUACCAUGUGCCAGGCACUGUACUAAG